GUGGAAUUCAAACUUACCCUUUCUUCUUUUGCUUGUUUAGUUGUUACAGUUGAUUGUAAAGUAUUUACAGUUUAAAGUUUCGAUUCAUUUAAAGAUGCGGAUGUCAGGCUUCUUAAUUUCGGUUUCAAUUUUCUUAGUGCAAACAGUUUACUGUGCAUCAGAACCCUACUUUACAACGUCAACCUAUCCUGUGACAGUACUCGCAAAUGAAAGUACAAUGACACCUGGAGGAACCAUCCUUCAUCAAUUUAUUGCUAAAGACGACGAAGCUGGGGUAGUUCCUUUCCUUGAUUUUACCUUUGAUCCCGCAUCCGGUGUCAACAUGUUCGAUAUUACUGAAACUGUUACUUCAACAGAAAGAAAUGCUGUUGUAUCUCUAAAACUAAAUGAAGAGUUCAAUUAUGAGGGACAAGAUACAUACAAGAUUUAUGCGACGGCGUCGGAUGGUGUCAACUCAGCAUCAGUUCUGCUCACUAUACAGGUCGUUGACAUCGGGGAAGCUCCAAACAUGAACCCAAACACAACAUCACAAUCUUUCAUCAUCGAAGAAAAUGCUGCCGGAACAGUGAUCGGUAGCCCUAGUUUUACUAUUGAAGAUUUAGACAACAUUGAGGUACAUACCUGGGCAAUCACGGGAGGAAACGGGACCAAUUACGUCAGUAUAAAUGCAAACAAUGGUACAAUCACUCUGAAGAGUGAUUAUGACCGAGAUGAUACCUCCAAUGCCGAGGAUAUAUACGUGGAUGUGAGUGUUACUGACAAGUAUGGUUUAAGUGUAACCACUACAUACUUGAUCAGCAUAACUGACCGCAAUGAUAACAUACCCGUAUGCAGUCCCUCCACAUACAAUUUUAAUGUCACUCGGACAACGGCGAUAGGGACAGUACUUGCCUCUCUUACGUGCACGGACGCUGACAUCUCAUCUCCCAACAAUCAAAUUACUUAUGCCUUCCAGACUGGUGACCCUAUGAGCGAAUAUUUUAAUAUAAGCGGGUCAGAUAUUGUAUCAUCGUAUAUCUUGGACUUUGAGUACGGAGGAGGACCCUAUACUGUGUUUGUGUAUGCAGCAGACGGUGGAAAUGAACCAACAACGGGUACAGCGACACUUAGUUUCACCAUACCGGAAGCUACUACCCUGCCACCCACAACCACAAAUGUGCCUAAUCCAUCCUACGAUGCUCUCUCAAGUGAUAACUCCCUCACAAUGUUGUUGAUAACCACCGCCUUUAUUGCUGCUUGUGUUUCGGGGUAUGUGCUCAUCCUAUGCUGGAGAUGGAAUACCUUCGGACAGUGUCUACCAAAGCAGUGUCCUGACAGGUCUGACUGUAGAAAAUGUUGCACGUGUUGCCCUGGAGACGACAUCGAGAAGGCUAUGAUCGUUGACAGUAAAGUUCCCAGUGGCUUUACAGAAAAGAAAGGUAUGUCUCUAGGCCCUGAAGCUCCAAACAGUCGCCGGAAGUCACCGAUGUCGAUAUUUUCUAAAUAGAAGUCUGUUGUUAUAAGAGUUAUUUCUUUACAUUAUUGAUGCGUCUAUAUCUAUAGACUCUAUAGAUACAUAACAACGCUGACAAUUGUUCUAGAUCAAACAUGUGCGGGAUGCUUCCGCGGACACCGAACUGUAAUCGGCAAUCGUGUUUGUGUAGAAUUUUAUAAACAUCAAUAUUAUAUAAAUUGUUUAAUUCGUGUAAUAAAGGCAAUGAACUCGUA